AUGCCUUCUAUCCGCCGACCAAAACGGGUUGCUUCAACUCCAACAGCUUCUCGGGCAAACCAACAGCGUCAAGCAGCUGCACCUCGCCGCGGUUUACGUUCACGGGCUACUCGUGGUGAGGCUAUUGGGCCAGUCAGUGUUCUUGGACAUCCAACCUCUGCAGCGCCUGUCGUGCCAACGCCUGCACCAACAGCGAUCCCAUCGCCGCUGCCGGAUGAUCUGGUCACAACAUUGGUUUCGUCGGUAACGGCCGCAGUUACACAACAGCUUUCAGCGUUCCUACCGUCCCCUUCGACUGCUCUUCCAGGGAUUUCUCCGCCAUCGUCUUCGACGCAUCCUACGGUAGAGUCUCCAUCUUCUGCCCACGCAACAGCUUUGGUUCAGGGCGCACUUGGCGAAGCCCACUCCAACAUAUCACGUCAG